GCGGCGGGCGGGCGGUGCAGCGUGUGGAGGAGCGCGGCGCGUCCCCAUCCCGUCCCCGUCCGGUCCCUGUCCCGUCCCCCGUCCCGCCCAGCGCUCCCUGCCGGCGGGGCCGCCCCGCGUACACGGCCGCGUCCCCGCGGGGCCAGGCGGGGGGAUCGGGCUUCGGCUUCCCCUCCCCAGGAGCGCCUGACGGGCGGGCAGGGCCGGGGCCGGUGGAGGGGAGGCGGCCGGGGCACCCCGGUCCGGCCGAUGCUGGCGCUGCCCCGCGCAGCACCGGGUUCCAGCGGGCUGGUGGCGGCGGUCGGGACUCAGGGGGGGCCCCCCGGCGUCCCUUCCCCUUCCCUCCCUCCGCGGCGGGCGGCCCUGGAGGAUUUUCUCCCGCCGCGGCCCCCUCGCUGCCCCCCAGACAUGGUAGGUCACCUCCAGCUGCAAGGGAUGGACGAGAGCCUGAAGGAGAAGAGCCGGGAAGGCUUGUUGGACAGCCCGGACUCGGGGCUGCCCCCCAGCCCCAGCCCCCCCUUCUACUCGCUGUCGCCCGGUGAGGGCCGGGCAGGGGGCAGCGGCGGUGCGGACCCCCCGGCCCCGGGGCACCGGCGAGAGGCCAAGGACGGCAAAGUGAUGCCUUACCUGCUCCUGAACCCGUCCAUGCCAGAGAUAAGGCCUCGAAUGCACCCUGUGUUUUUUGGAGAAAGCAUUGAGGUCAGCCCAGAGCCCGUGCAGGAAAUCAGGUGCAAUUCCGAGGUGAAGUACGACUCCGAGAAGCAUUACCGGGACGACAUUUUCUACGGCCCCAUCCCCACCGUCACCACCUACAGCGAGACAAUCAUCGCUGCUCCCAACUGCACCUGGCGGAACUACAAGUCCCAGCUGAUCUUCGAGCCCCGCCAGAAGCCACUGAGGUUUCAGAGCACAACCAUCAUUUUUCCCAAGCGUGCCAAGAACAUUUACCGGACCACCCUCAGCUACAGCUUGGGUUGUGCCAAGCGUUGGUUCGCUUCCAGCGUGCAGCUGGAACUCUGUGAGGAAACCAGCCCGUGCGUCAUCUACAGCGAGACCCUCUGAUCCGCCCCGGCAACCGCGCGACCUCCGGGAAGGCCGCGGCCUUCGCCGGGCCUCUGGCUGGGCCUUCAUGGAUGGCGACUGAACAUCAAUGGCUGGAGAACACCUCGUUGUGGGUGAGGCUGAACUGGCUGGGAGGAGGCUUGCAGGGCACGGGAUGGUUUUGAUCGGUGAGAGAGGCUGGCUUGUAUUUUGCGACAUUCCUGAUGUUCAUGAUCUGGAUUUUGUUGUGUUUUUUUUUUUUUUUUUCCUUGAGCAUAUCUAUUUUUGAGUUGUGUUUAGAUGAAAUCAAGAUGACCAAGGACCCUGUUACCCGUAGCAGAGCCUAGUGAGCUCUGUAGGUCUCGUCUAGCACAUAGGUGAGAGUCACUGUAACAUUCAGAGCUAUUUUGAUCUCUGCAAAGGGAAGACCAACUGCAGAGUCAGCGUCUGGUCAGCCCGGCAUAGACCAGGCCAGGUCUCAGAGCUGAAAUGCAGAGGAGUUGGUUAUUAAUACACCACAGCUUGCUCCAACAGCUCAUAUGAGAGGGAGCUGCAGUAUUACACCACUGCAGUCACCUCAGGCCUAACUUCCUGGGAGCAGUGGGGACUGUCACCCCAAGAAAAGGGAUCAAAACAGGCUCCUGGUGCUCUUGCAAGCCACUGGAGGUUUGUAUACCAUGGCAAGGCACAGCACAGCCAGGAGAUGGGAGAAGGGCCUGCCCUGACCCAGCCACGUCUUCUGUGAGCCCAGCUGAGAGUAAGCACUGGAGACUAAGGACACUGAAUAGGUGGGGGGCUAAUUUCUAAAACUGAGCAAGUGAUUUAGGAGCCCAUUGCCCUUUUUCAGAAGUUUUGUCAGUCCAAGUGUGCUGUGCUGUUCACUGCCUUGAACACUCAGUUUACAGGGAUCUUUAAGCACUUGCAACCCUUCUGAGUUUCAGGGAAUGGCACUAUUGCAGGGAAGAGCAUAGGGCAGGAAGAUGAUCUCUGGCUUCAGAGAAGCCCAGGGCAGGGUUAACUCACCCUCUCAAUGGUUUCUAUACUUGUUGCAUGGACAGUUUUUCUGACUGUGGAGGAGCAGCCAAACUUUCUGUGUAGAGCUUGAAGAGCCCAAAUCAGUCCAGGUCUUUCUAAAUCAUCCAGGCUGUAGCAAUUCAACAGGUACUUCACAAACAGCUGAGCUGUCUCUGCAAAAGGACCAAGAAACACUGAGUGAGCAGGAGUCAAUACAGCCAUCCUGUGGUAAACCAUUCCCCACUCAUGAAUCCCAUUUCCUGGUAUCCCUUCACUUUGCUAGCUUGCUGAAAAUCUGCAAGAGCCUGGAUUCCCACAAACAUAUAACUUUUGAAAAUAGCACAGAAUUGUCUCCAAAAAUCUUACCAAGAAUUCUUGCAUGCUGCUCAGACUUAGAAAAUAACCACACAGCUCCGGAAAUUAAUUUCCAGCUUUCCCUCUUCUAAACUUUCCACUUUGUUCCUGACUUGCUGUGAGUCUGAUGGAGUUACUUCAGAACACAGCUGAGCAGCCAAGUCAGAAAGCCUAUUAACGAUGUCAACAAGACGUAGCUGAUUGCCCAGAACAGUUGACGCACAAACCCACAGAGAUUAAAAAAAAAAAAAUCUGAAAAACUUGAAAAAAUAGUAAAAUUAAAUAGUGACUUAUAAAGAUACUCUUUCCAUAAGUUUCAAAAAGCAAUUGGUAAAUGUGACCAGAACCAUGACCUUUAUGAAACAGAGUUCUCUUGUUUAAAAUGAAGCACAGUUUUUCCACCAGAGGUAAAUAUAAAGUCUUUAUAUAUAAACUUAAAUCCUGACAGCUGAAGCAUCAUUAGCACUAAAAGAUGUGUGUUAUGGCAGUGAUGAACUCUGCUUCUCUGGGAGUUAGCACUUGGUGGGGAGAAACCUCUCAAAGGAUUUCCAAGGCUUCCACCUACUGUUGAAUUCUUUACAGCAACACAAACAAGGAUUAUAUUUGUUAUUGGUCAGGUUUUGCUGUCACUGACUGUCAGCAUCAAAGCCUGGAAAAGCACUGUCUGCCUCUGAAGGGAUUAUUAUGCCUGAAGCAACCCUUCUCCCCAGGGCACCAGCAAACAUGGAGUUGGCUUAGGCAGAAGGGAGGAGAUGUGAGGAUGAACAUGGUCCCGGUCCCAGUGCAGUUAGGUUGGUGAUGCACUUACUUGGUAGUUCAUCCUGAGGUCUGUCCUGUUCUCCAAGUGUUGCUGAGCGAGCCUUGGGACUGGGGGAAAUACCCACCUGCCUUCCUGGGUACACAUGAAGGCUCUGGAGGGCUCAUUGCACAUAUCCAUGAGAGUCUGUACAAAGGGGGGCAGGUUUCCAAGCUGAGCAACACUGUUAUCCAGGUUCAAAAGCAGGGCCAGCACUCACACCCAGGAGAUCCCUCACACCCAGGAGAUCCCUGCAUGAUGACAGAUUAGAUUGCAGGCACCUCCACUGAGCAAGCAUGGAGACAGGCUGGCCUCAGAGCCAAAGGGAUGCCGGAGACUCCCUGUUCUGACCACACAUCAGGCUUUGCUCCUGUUAACAGCUGGAUUAUUCCCUUGCUUCAAGCACAAAGCUGCAAUUUUUGAUCACAUUGGUCUUUGAGCCGGACAGGUUUUCCCCAGAAAAAAUCUUUUAUCAUGACUGGCUGCAGGCUUCUGCCAGCCUUCUCCACUGUUAGUUCUGCUUCCUAAAUAUUGGCCACAACAGUAAAAAAAAGAAUUCAAGGAAAGCCAAAAAACUAGUAUACAAAUACAAAUCCAGCAGAGAGACCUGAACCUCAGCCUGGACUUUCACCACACAGGGACAGGGGCUGCAGAGGCAAAAUCUCACAGGUGGAUGUGACCCCCAGGAGGGUGCAGUGGAAAGCUGCAUCCUUGGCACUGGAGGGUCCCACACGCCUGGGCCAGGCCUCUUUGAAGCUUCAUGCUUUGUUUUCUCUGCAAAUAGACUAGAAAUGACCUAACAUGCUCCUGCUCCUUUGAGUUUAAGCAGUUUUUGUGGUCUUGCCAUGUUAGGGGGAAAAAAAAAGACAGAGCAGUGUGGGUUUCUAGGCUGCUGAACACAUUCUGAGCUGUGUGGCCACAGUGGCUAUGGUGGGACUACAACCCUGGACCACAUCCCAACUGGGACAUUGCCUGAGAUCUGUAAAAAUUUUUGAAAAAUACCUUCUUAUGAGGUGUCUCCCAUGGGCCCAUCACAAGCUGCUUUUCUUCUCAGCAAAAGCUGGCGCUGGAAAGGGACUUUGUUUUUCCUGAGGACAAGGAAACCAUAGAGGGUCAAGUCUUCACCCUUGCCUGGGCACAGAUCCCACUCUGCCUGUCCACCCUGUCCCUGCUGCUCCCAUCCCUGUGGCUGGGUUAGGCAGUGGUGGAAGAGCCAAAGUUCGCCUUACCAUGACUAGGAAAAGUGAUGACUUUUUUGUUUUGCUUAAACACCAGAAACUGUAUUUUGUGUGUGUGUUGCCAAUGAAGAAUUGCUGCAAGCAGCCAAGAAGUGCCUCGUGCCAUAGCUGUAGUAUGUUUGUACAUCUAAAAGGAAUGAUUAGUCCCACUAGGGAGGUGCUUUUCUUUUAAAUGGAGCAUUAUUAAUCUCAACCAACAGAUCUUUAUUCCUGUAUAUUUUCUCAAAGAUAUAAGUGAUUAAUUUAGACCAUGGAAAGGUGAGUUUCCUUGAGCAGCUCAGACUGUGGCUGCACAAUUUCUCCCUGGGAUCCUGAUGUACAUGUUGCCCACAGUCCUGAUGGGUAAAGUUAGACUCUGCCUUUUGGAAUUAUUGUCCAUCAAGAGUUAUUUUUGAGAUCAAAAACUUUCAUAGAAGGCAUCUUUCUUUUUUGGGGGGGAUUUGGGGGUAAGAUUGAUUUUUUUCAAUAUGGAAACUCACUAUCCCAAAGGUGUGGGGUUCCCCUUCACCCCCUUCAUUCCUGUGAUUCUUUUGCCCCUGAAUGCAACAGAUGUGCUAGUGUCUGGUCUGCCUGCAUUGCUAUCAUUACAUUUGGGGCCAAAAAGAGGAAACCCUAACGAAAUACUGAACUUUCAAAAUCUGUGGAAUACUUUGCACAAACCACAGAGAACAACUUUGACCAAACCAGUUUACUGCUUGUCUUUAUUUUUUGCCUUUUCCUUUUUUUUUUUCUUCCUAAGCCCACUCUACUUUUCUCAAUGUGAAAUACAGACAGAUUUGCACCCUUGGUGCAACAUUUCUGGGAAUGAUGAAAUGGGGUUUGGGUGUUGAUAGCAGUGUUUGAGUGAGCUGCUGGUCAGAGAAGUGAAUGCUAUUUACUAUUUAUGUUGAGUGCGUCUUAAAAAAUAGGAAAGGUCACAGAAGGCAAAAGACUUUGUAGAGCAAACUGAAGACUAAAGACUGUGUGAGUCUGGUCUAGAGGCAAAUGAUUCUAUGUGUGGACACUGUGAGCUAGGAUAUUUAGCCAUUGUAUUUUUAACCUGCCUUUUUUCCUGUAGGAAGAGGCAUUCCUUGCCUUCUUUAGAGCUGAAACAAAAUCAGAUCCAUCCUCUGCCACAGUUAUUCAGUCCCACUGAAGUCUGUGAGCAUCAGUGUUCCCCAGGCUUACGGGGUACUUACUGUGUGUGUGCCAAGCAAACAUGCACAGAGCUGUGCCUCUGGGGAGAUGGGGGAAUGCUUUAUAGGGGAUGAUGGAUCUUGUUGUGGGAUAUUCGGAUUUCUGCUGCCAGAUAAACUCUGCUCCCUGAGGAUCACCUGAUCACUCACAAAUUGAUCUGUUCUGAAUAUCUCCCCUAAAGCUUUCCUGUAACCAUUGGAUUUUUUAGGUCUUGGGAGGCACUAAUUCUUUUUCAGAUACUGUGAUGGUCAUCAAAAUGAGCAAAGUAUCCUACCAUGUGAGUUGUGACCUGAGGAUGGGGUUGAAAGGUGUCUGAAGGUUAGAGAAGGAGAACAUAUAAGUGGUGGAAAUGCAUAAGGAUGUGUCAUAUUUUUAUUUUUGUAAGUCUGAUUCUCUAAGUGCUUGUAAAGUACUUUACUGUUGUAUAUGUGGUGAUGCAGUAGUUCACAAUAUCCUUUUAUUUUUGUAUAUUCCCCCCUCCACCAUAAUCCCUUUCUGUUCAACUCAUAGAGAGUAAUUUAAGAAGACAAAAUUUAUAUAUCGUAAUAAAAUGCUCAAACUAC